AUGAACAAAACGGACUUUUUAGUUAGAUCACCGUAUGUUGCAUUAAAAUAUCUUUCGCAAAGGACGUUGCAUACAUUGGUAAGAAGUAGACAACAUUUAUGUCUACACGAGCCAAAAAUCAUAUCAGAAGAAAAGACUGACAAAAUAAUAGAAUCGAUGCUAAUAUCAAAAGUCUGGGAAGACUUGGUGCACACCAUUAAAAUUAUUCAAUUGUUGAAUCGGAAUUUUCAGGCGAUAAACGAACGACACCAAUUGAAUGGAUUUCAGCAAGAUAAUGAAACUAAACAAUUAGAACAAUUUUCAAAACCACCGAAAAAAAAUUCAAGAGAAAAUAUCAACCAGCCAAAACAAAAAAUUUUAUUAUUGCCAAAACAUCAUAAUUUGGAAACAUUUCUCACAAUCAAGGAGGUUAAUACCAGUACAACAGUAUAUCGUGGUACUCUGUAUGAAUAUGAAACUAUCGCGUGUCUUCAAAAAUCGUUUGGGAUCGUGACAAGAAGAGUAGGAAAGGCAGGCGAUGAUGGAAUAGAUUUUCGUGGCCGCUGGAAACUACCGGGUAAAAAGCUGAUGGUUAUAGGUCAAUGUAAAUCUUUGUGUAACAAAUGCCCUCCUAGUGCAGUUCGUGAUCUUGAAGGCGCAUUAUGUCGCGAAACUCAAGAAACAAUUGGAAUUUUAUCAUCUUUAAGCGGAUUUACCAAAGGAGCCAUAAAACGAUACAAUGGAUCAUCGUUUCCCUUAAUAUUGAUGACAGUUAUAGAAAAUGGGACCGACUGUAAAACGUUUUCAUGGAAUAAGGCGGCGGAAAUUUAUUUGGAUGGAUUUCAAGUGACUGUUGAUUAUCGAAAUGAUUCAGGCACAGAAAUUAUACAAGAAAGACCUCUCCUUGUAUAUAAUAACGAAAAGUAUAUACCAGAUGAAAAGGAAGUCAGCUGGUACUAA